CCCGCGGGCGAGGCGGACUUCGCCGUGGAGGCGUCCGUGGGCGCGGGCUCCUUCGGGGAGGUCUUUCGCGUGCGGAAGGUCACGGGCCCGGACUGCGGCCGGCGCUACGCGAUGAAGAAGAUCGCCGGGCGGCGGCAGGAGGCGCAGGAACGGCGCAUGCUGUUGGCCGCGGAGCACCCCUUCGUCGUGCGGCUGCGCUACGCCUUCGCGACGGCCGACGGCGCGUCGUGCCUCGUCAUGGACUUCGCGUCGCGGGGCACGCUCGAGGGCCACCUGAACAAGCGCGCGGGGCGGCGCCUCGACGUCGCGUCCGCGAAAAUGGUCGCCGCGGAGGUCGGCCACGCGAUCCUGUGCCUGCACGGGCUCGGCGUCGUCCAUCGGGACGUCAAGCCGGCGAACGUGCUCGUCGACGCGGCGGGCCACUGCCUCCUGAGCGACCUGGGGCUCGCGACGGUCAGCGACCGGGCGACGCUCGGCCGGUUCUGCGGAACGCUGGAGUACGUCGCGCCGGAGCAGCUCACGGGCGCGCGCUACGGCGGCGCCGUGGAUCUGUGGGCGCUCGGCUGCACGGUCUACGAGUGCCUCGCGGGCGCGUCGCCCUUCGCGGCGCCGACGACGCGGGAAGUCUUCACGCGGAUCCUG